UUGAUUCUUGUCCUCUUCGAUUCUGUAGAGUUCGAUGGGUUUUGUAAUGUUUUAUUUUCCUAUUGGUUUGGUAUAUGUAUGUUGUAUUUUGAAUGUUUUUAUAUAGAAUAAAAGAGAGAGAGAGAGAGAGAGAGAGAGAGAAAAAAAGUUGGGCAAACCCGCUCGUUAACCGGCUUCCUCCCCGGACGUCCCCCACCUUUAUUCCUCAUGCUUAUGUUCAGGUUUCAGUCCGUGAAACAGUCCUUGGAUGAGUAUUCUAUCUGAAAUUACGUGUGGGUCGGUGGAAAUUGCCAAACUUUGCGACAUUUUCCGAUAAUUUGAAGCAUGAAUCCAUCUUUUAAAAAAAAGCCUUUUUUGCAGUGAAAUGAUGGCGUGCGUCACAGCCAUGGCGGUUUGUUUGUGAGGUUUAGUUUUUGUUUUUUUUGUUAAUGAGAAAAACGAAAUAGAAAUCAUCACUUUUAUCAGCCAAAACGGUGUCACUGCCCUUUGAGUCGUCGAUCGCGGUCAGGCUGCGCUGGAGUAGGAAGUUCCCCUCGAACCGCUGGUCGAGGUUAGCGUUUUCUGUCGUCUGGACCAAAACUGCUCCUCUGCCAUGAGAUGAAGUGCCAGGAUCUAAGUGUCGGAGAACGGAAAGCUGCCAGUGAUGCCCAGACACUAGCCACUCACUGAACCUCCCUCAACCUUGCUCCAUGGAUGGCAAGAAGCAAGGUGUUUUCAGUCAGCUGCGUCAGAGAGCCCGUCCCUUGCUGGGCAACCUCCGGCGCAGCAGGCUAGGCCACAGCAAGCCGGACCACACACUGGGUCAGAGAAUCAGCUCCUCUGUUCCCGACAUGAGAGACAUGAGGAGUGGGUCCUACACCAUCUCCUCGAACUUGAAGCUUCCAGAUUACUCAACCACCAGCUAUGGCAGCCCCACCACCCCGAUAAACAAGUCCCUCUUGGCACAGCAGGGAGGUGGGAGCAGCCUGGUGCUUGCAGAGGGUGGAGAUGGGGGUGGAGGCGGAGUUGGGAGAAGCGCACAUCAACUAAGCGUGCAAGUUGAUGGUACUAACUGGGCCUACUCUCAGGAGUCUUUGGGCAGGAGUACUGCCACUCCCUUUGAGGAGGACAGCCCUCUGGUGUCCAGCUACAGACCAGGUGGAGGGAUAAAGCCUCAGGAGCUGGCCCUGCCGGAGCUGAUGUCUAUCUACAGUCAAGAGGUCCUCAACAUGGAGAUAUCCCAAGACAGCCCCCUGGGUGAGAUGGGCAGUGAGACGCUGAAUGGAGCAGAGAACAUCAGAGAGACCCCGAGGUCCUUCCUCCUCACCGUCAACCUGAAGAGGGGCCAGAACCUGGUCAUCAGAGAUCGCUGUGGUACUAGUGAUCCCUAUGUAAAAUUCAAAUUGGACGGCAAAACGUUCUUCAAGAGCAAAGUGGUUUAUAAGAACCUCAACCCCACAUGGAAUGAGUCUUUCACACUGCCUGUGAAGUAUCUGGACCAGAGGAUGUACAUCAAGGUAUACGACCGAGACCUGACCACUGAUGACUUCAUGGGCUCCACUAGUGUCCUGCUAAGUGAUCUGGAGCUUGACAAGGUAUGUGAACUGUCCUUGCCCCUGGAUGACCCUAAUAGCCUGGAGGACGACAUGGGGGUGAUCCUGGUGGAUAUGUGCCUUUCUCCCAGACACGUGGACAGCAACAGAGGCUCUUCAGGGGGAGGUAAUCAGGACCGUCUCUCAGAGUCGCUGAGGAAGAGCCAGCUGUGGAGCGGCAUGGUGGGGGUGACACUGGUGGAGGGUCAGAACCUGGCCGUGGAGGGUCAGGGAGAGCUCUUUGUCCGCUUUAGACUUGGGGAGCAGAGACACAAGAGCAAGAACCAAUGUAUUAAACUGGCCAAUCCUCAGUGGAGGGAGAGAUUCACUUUUAAUCGGUUCCUGGAUGGCUCAAGCAUCCUAGAGUUGGAGCUCUGCUCCAAAGAUGGACGCAAAAACCAGGAAUGUUUGGGAACGUGUGAAGUGGACCUCUCCAUGAUCCCUGUAAACCAGAGCCAGCUGUUUACAUAUUCUCUGGACCAGGGGAAAGGCUGUGUGCUCUUCCUGGUCACGCUACAUGCCUGCAGUGGUGUCUCCAUCUCUGACCUGUGUGCUGCACCACUGGAUGAGUCUCAUGAGCGAGAGACACAGCUGGAGAAAUAUAGCUUAAAAACGUCCCUGAAGAAAAUCCAUGAUGUUGGUUUCCUUCAAGUGAAGGUCAUCAGAGCCACAGAUCUGAUGGCUGCUGACUUAAACGGAAAGAGCGAUCCUUUCUGCGUUUUGGAGUUGGGGAAUGACAGAUUGCAGACCCACACCGUCUAUAAGACCCUCCACCCAGAGUGGAACAAAGUCUUUACAUUCCCUGUCAAAGACAUCCACGAUGUUCUGGAGGUCACCAUCUUCGACGAGGAUGGAGACAAACCGCCAGACUUUUUGGGAAAGAUCGCCAUUCCCCUGCUCUCAAUACACAACGGGCAGCAGAUCACCUUCCCAUUGAAAAAAGAGGAUUUAGGAGGCCCGUCUAAGGGAAGCAUCCUUCUGGAGCUGGAGGUUAUUUUUAACCCCGUCAGAGCUAGCCUGAGAACCUUCCAACCAAAGGAGAAGAGAUUUAUGGAGGAUAAUCUGAAGUUUUCCAAAAAGACUCUGGCCAGAAACGUCCUACGUGUGCGGAUUCUGUACAAGGCAGUAUUGUCGACGCUGCAUUACAUAAAAAGCUGCUUCCAGUGGGAGAGCAUUCAAAGGAGUCUCCUCGCCUUCCUGCUGUUCGUGGUGACGGUCUGGUACUGGGAAUUUUAUAUGCUGCCCCUUUACCUGGCUCUGCUCAUCUCAUGGAAAUACAUUCAGAUGGCGUCAGGACGGGUCAGUCAGGACCUGGAUGGUGUGGACUUGGGUGAUGAAGAGGAUGAAGAUGAGAAGGAGUCAGAGAGGAAAGGACUGUUAGAAAAAAUCCACAUGGUCCAAGAAAUCGUCAUCACCGUCCAGAACCUGCUGGAGGAGAUCGCCUGCUUUGGGGAGAGAAUCAAGAAUACCUUCAACUGGUCUGUUCCAUUCCUGUCCAACCUGGCUUUCCUGGUCCUUGUAACGGCAACGAUCAUCACAUACUUCAUUCCUGUGCGCUACAUUGUUUUGAUAUGGGGUAUCAAUAAAUUCACCAAGAAAUUACGGAAACCGUACAGCAUCGACAACAAUGAAGUGCUUGAUUUCCUGACGAGGGUGCCUUCAGAUGUGCAGAAGGUCCAGCACAGUGACUCCAGGGCAAGCAGCACCCAGAGUAUGCUCAGAAAGAAAAAGAUCUCAUAGGUUUGGGUGGUGGACACGGCCUGUGAGCUAGCACACUGGACUUGAUUGAUGCCAUGUUUAACAGCAUCUAGACUCUGCUGGAGUCCCAUGGCGAUAUGGACGUACCUCAAUAUGAUCCUUAGGGUCCUUCAGUAUCCAUCCAUCCAUCCAUUAUCCAAAAUGCUUAUCCUGCUCUCAAGGUCGCGGGAUGCUGGAGCCUAUCCCAGCAGCCAUUGGGCCCCGCAGUACCUCCACCUGAAAACAGUACAUUUGAAACCAGAAAUCCUGGUUGGAGAUGCGCAGGUUGGCCCUGUUGAAUGUUACCUAAGGAUCACAUUUCACCCUAUGUGGACAAAACAGAGGUCAUUGCAUUGUUUGUGUUGUGUAUUUUAUAAAAGGUUUUAGUAAGGUGUGUAUAUUUAAACUAUUGGGCAAAAAAGAUGUAAGACAAUAUGCAACAAUGUUGUUAUCUAUCCAUCUAUCCAUUAUCUGUACCUGCCUAAUCCAACUCAGGGUUGCGCCAGGCUGGAGCCUAUCCCAGCAUGCAUUUGGUGGAAGGCAGGGAGAAACCCUGGGAAGGUCACUAGUCCUUCACAGGGAGUGCACAUAGACAUUCACACACCUAUGUGCAGUUUUAGAGAAUCCAGUUCUCUUGUUUUGAGACUUUGGGAAGAAACCAGAGUACCCAGAGGAAACCCAUGCAGACAUGGGGAGUACACGCAAGUUCCACACAGAUGGGCAGGAAUCAAAUCCAGAGGGGACAAUGCUAACCACUAAAUUAGUGUGCCACCCGUACAAGGUAGUCUUGUAUUUUUAAUUCAGUCUCUGUUUUAGUUGCUUUGCCAUGUCAGUUGUAUGAGUGUUUCUCUCCAAAAGGAGUUAUCUGCAAUUUGUUGGAAAGGAUGCCUUCUAUCAUUCUCUUGUGUAUACUGUAUGUAACUGUCAAAGUUGUCAGUCAUCUCAAAGAAUUAGAGGUUAGUUUUGUAUUUUUAGACACAAGUUCGUUUUGUAUCAUUAACUAGUAAGGUAUUUAGCAAAUGGCUGAUGAAAAUUAUUGAUCUGAUUUCAUUAUUUCUCAAAAUUAUUUUAUAUAAUGGGUAAAGAGCUUUGUUGAUAUGUUAACACAAUAAGAAUAAGCAGUUAUUUUUUUAAAUCCAUGUAAAGAUAUACUCUCAAAAUUCAGAUUUAGAUGAUUCUUUCACUCGUGUCUGUAUAGAUGACAUUUUGCUAUUGAGGGGUCUGGUGAUGACAGAUCUUUGUACACCAACUUUAAAUCGUCUUAAUUUAUUCAGAACAAUCACUAAUAAGGGCUUUUUCUGGUUACUGAUAUCUGACAACAAUAAACACACCUGAC